AUUCUCUGCGUGUUCAUCGGAGCCGGAGGGCGGCUUACAAGCAUAUACUUGUGGGUGGUUGAGCAUGCUCCUCUUAGUUCUGCUCGAACCCCCGAGUCGAUCGCAUAUUAUACCGUCGUCGUGUUACGUCGCUCGCCUCGGCUGUCUUUGCGCGUUCGCCUGCUUGCGAUCAUAACACGCAUGUGCUUCGAGCGAGCAACAAAACUUUUAUCCGCAAUUUUGUUGUAAAUUUUAUUUUUCGUCCAACGAGCAGCAGCAACAUGUAUUCUCAAAGAUUGUGCAACCACUGCGAGCAGUAUAAACACGCCACAUAUCAUAAACGUCAGAGCUGUUGGAACGAGAAUUGUGCGGCUUACGGUGGUGGUUCGUCUUGGUCAUCGGGUAAAUACAACAACAAUGCCCAAGGCAGCAGCAACAACACGUGGCAAAUGCAGAAGCAGUUCAAUCAGCAGAGCAAUUACUACGACCAGUACAAGCAGCGAGACAAUCGCCGUUAAUCAAGUCGAUUGUUCAAAUUACCUUUAUUUGGUUUUAUUUUAAGUUUUUCAUGAUAAUCCAAGUGCAUAGAUGUUUAAGUGAACAAUACUUAUGAUAAGGAGACAACGACCUGUAUCUUAUAAUGUAGUGAUAGUAAAACUUCAUCAAACUCAACGUUACAAUUAGGCACUAAGGGAAUGCCAAAGAUCGGACACUUAGUCACACACACGCACACCAGCAAACGGAAGAAGAUACGGCUGGACUCGAGAAGCAUGGAACGUCUUCAGUAGUUACAUCGAUCUUACGUUGCCGAGGUUAUUGGUAACCUCAUGUCCACAAUUCCAAUAACCAAAUUAUCAUCUACGCAACGCAGAGAUAUAAUGUUGCGCGUCCUGGGUGUGAGGCUACUGUCACGGCUGCUCGUGUUGGUCUGCUCGCUGUCGCUGCUGUCGCUGCUCUUUCUCAGCCGCUGCGGCUUCAACAGCAUCGACACCGACCUCGAUGAGACCUCCGGUCCAGCCACACUGUCGAGCGCAAGUCUGUCGGAGGUAAAUCAGCGGGAUGAAGAGACGAAGCUCGAAAUAGACCGGCUCACCGCUGAGAUUCGAGCGCUCAAGUUGCAGAUAUUGCAGCUUACUGGCGGACCACCGGGUCACGGCUACGACAGCUCGCUGUCGAUGCUCAACAGCAGUGACAUCGGGGAUUGUUUGGCCGCUCGUCGGCAAAUCGAUCAAGCCGAAAUUAAUCAGGGCCUGCCGCUGAACAACGAGUACGAGCUAAUACCCUUCAGUCAUUUCACCCUGGCUCGUCUCUAUCCGUCGGAGUUGGGUCUCGGUAAGCGCGUCGUAGAGAAGCCCAUCGGUUUCCGGCAAAAAGACUUUAUCGAGGCGGUGGCCAAAGCCCUCGAGGUGCUCAAUCGCAACGCCACUAAUCAGAGCGUCAAGUACACCGAGGCAGACUUUUUGGAGGGCUUGUACAGGAUAGAACCGACGACGGGCACUCAGUACGAGAUGUAUUUCAAAACGAAGAACUUGAACAAGAGCAGCGUGCACGCCAGCAGCAGUGCCAUUACUAGUCUGGGCAGCUAUACCAAGAUCUCCCUCAUCAGGCCGUUCGCGCCUCUGCAAUUCGUCAAGGUGGAAAAGCGAAAGGCUCGCGACAAGGAGCUCGUCCACAUCAUUCUGCCGCUGUCGGGCCGAACGAGCACCUUCCAAUCGUUCAUGGACAAGUUUGUGAAGAUAGCUCUGCAAAUCGAUCGCAGGGUGCAUCUGACCGUCGUGUAUUUUGGCACGGAGGGUCUCAGCGAGGCCCGAGCCAUUAUGUCCAGGGUCUUGAUGACUCGCGGCAGCGGUGGAACGAAUCAAAACCUACGAUUGCUGGCGCUAAACGAGACUUUUUCCCGUGGCAAGGGUCUGAGGGUUGGUGCCGAGAGGGCCUGGGGAGGGGGCAACAAGGACGUGCUGCUUUUCAUGUGCGACGUCGACAUCGUUUUCAGUACUCGCUUUCUAGACAGGUGUAGAUGGAACACUUCGCCCAGCCGCAAAGUCUAUUACCCGAUUGUCUUCAGUUUGUACAAUCCCCACGUGGUGUAUACGCUGCAAGGAAGGAACGUACCACCCGAGACGGAUCAGCUAGUCAUCUCGAGGGAUACCGGCUUCUGGCGCGAUUUCGGCUACGGCAUGACUUGUCAGUACAGAUCGGAUUUCCUAAGGGUGCGCGGCUUCGACGAGAACAUCGUCGGAUGGGGCGGCGAAGACGUUACUCUCUAUCGCAAAUACGUAAGGAGCAACAUCAAGGUAGUAAGAGCUACCGAUCCUGGCAUUUAUCACAUUUGGCAUCCGAAGGUAUGCUCGGGUGGUCCAGGUCAACGGCUGUCGACUGAUCAGUAUCGCGCAUGCAUAAGGUCAAGAGCACUCAACGAGGCAUCCCACGCUCAGUUGGGUUUUCUCGCCUUUCGCGAAGACAUAGCCAAUCAAGUCUUGAAAAAUCCACCAGUACCAGUUGCCACAAAAAAAAAGAAAUUAACCUCGAAAAAGGAGACCAAAAGAGCGAAACAGACGAUGCAGCAGCAACCCUCGAAACCUCAGACAUGAUCACAAUCGAAGCGCGACGGAGCCCUGUAAAUAAAGUAAAAAGGUCCUGUAUAUAGAGAAUAGUAAGCAAACAAAAUCUAUCUAGUCAAGUUUGAAUCGGCACCGUUGUUAAUAAUGAACCGAAAGUGAUAGUUUAUUGUGCUGUGUAAUGUGGGAGAUGUGAUUGAAAAUACUUAAGCAGCAAGUGCAAUAUGAACAAUUUUUAUAUAAAAAUAAAUCUUUUUUAAUUAAAGAUCAGGCUUGAGGUAAAUGUUGCAGAAAAAACGUAUAGCCGACGAGAGGGUCAAUUAAAGAUUACCGAUAUUCUCAUAGUUGGAUGUGCUACACAAGGAAUAAUCUGUAAAUGAAGCGUGUAAAAAUUAAGGUUCUUAUAUCAAUAUCGUAUAGUAUGUUAUGCGAAUAUCGAGUAUCAAUUAUUAAAAUGUUUAGCUAAAAUUUUAAAAGAAGAUAUUAAUUCAGUCUAAGGGUUUUGAUUAUUUUUUCGUACAUACGAGACGAAUGAGAUAAUUUCAUCUGAACAGUUGCAUUAAAUUUUGAAAUAACACUUUUGCAAAAGCCACUUUUAUAAAUGUAUUAGAAAAAAAUUUUGAUGGACAUAUUAAUAAAGCGACUUAAUGUAAGGCCGUAUAUUAACCGAAUAAAAGCGCGCAUCGAGCAAUAGAAUUAGCUAUUUAAUUCUUCCGAACUAAUCGCGGAUUCCGAUCAAGCUAGAUCAAUGAACCAAGGUUUAAAUACAAUAUUGUGAUUUGUUAAAUUGAAACGUAUUUUUCGAAAUAGUUUCGCAUUAAAACUUUAAAAGAACCAAGUUUGAAACAACUUUUCAACAAAUCUCCCAAAAAUUUCAACCUUCUCUCGCGAUAACUUGGCGGUUCAAAAAAUGUUUUCAACUUUUUAAGCAAGUUAACUAUUACAGCAGCCAUAAAGGCGUCCCUCCCCCUUUUUGCGUAACUUUUUUACCCCGAAAUAGGACUGAAACGAACGAUAUGAAAAUGCUCUGUGCACCAUUGCACGCUUAUAAACGUACAAUUCUUUGUACAACAGGUUUCUCUCUCUUUCUCACUCUCUCUCUCCUUCUCCUUUCUUCUCUUGCCACACGACGAGAAAAAGCUAGGACGAAAUUGCAUUUCGUUCUUGAGGAAUUUUUCUUGGAGUGUGCCAUUCAGUAAGUUUUUGUACCUCAUAAAAAAGAAGCAAACCUGUCCAUUGUGUGUACUCCUAACCCCCUCUCGAACUUUAUAAGCGA